AUUGUGGCAAAGCAGAGCAACAUGGCAGGCACGAACCAUAGUGACGGUUCCAUUCGAUGCCAUCACUGUGCAGGACCCCUUUCAAAGAACAUGGAAACCAGUAACUGGAACAUUCCUCCACUCGUCAGGGAUAGCUUUUCAAUGAUUGGUUCUGCUGUUGGUGGCACUACAAGUGCAUUUUAUGGAUUCAAUCAUGUUAUGCCAGUUGUUCGGAAAAACGUAAAAGGACCUAUGUGGUUACAUUUUCUCAUUGCUACACCACCUGUGAUGGUAUUCUCUUCAGCCUGUGCAGGACUGGCAGGUGGAGCUGUUCCUGCUUUUGCACAACUCAUUUCCUCGUCUUACCACGCAUCAUUGUCAUCGCCUCCUUCAGAGGAUGAUAAGAUUCAGAAGUCAAGAGCUUCCACCACACUCUAAUUUUUACACACAC